CGAAAGCCCUGAGCGCCGCAGUGUGCGAGUCGAGGUCGCUAUGAACAGUGUCCUGUGCUCACGGGCGGCGGGAGCGGUCAGGGCUCUGCGGCUCGUGGGCUGGACUUCCCGAAGCUUGCAUCCGCCGCCCCGUGACCGGUCUCCAGUUCAGUCUGCAGACAGGGAAGAGGAGGAGGAAGACCCCAACCUCCCAAUUCAAUUUUCCGGCAGCAAAGCCACCCCAGUCCGCUGGACGGUGGAGCAUUCCCUGGGGAAGCAGCAGCAGCGGCCCUGGUGGAAAGUGCUGCCGUUCACCCUUCCCCUUGUGGUUCUGAUCAUUUGGUGCUACCGGAGGGAGGAGAGCAGCACGGACCAGUGGUUGAGACAGAUUUUGGAAGAGGAGGACGAGGAAGAGCCGGAAGGUCCUCUGGAGGAGCUUGAAGCUCCGGCCAUCUACGGGGCUAGAACGUAACAGGGUUCGUGCUGAGGAAGGGAGUAGGCAGCCAUCCUUCUGUUUUGUCGUCAAAUUUGACGAUUUCUGAACUGGUUCUGCGCAUGUCUUCGUUGCUUAAAGGACUUGGAUGGCGCUCUUGUCGCUGACACAACACAGCACAAAAUUGGAGGCUCGAAAUCUGAUCUUUGCUCGACACCAAUGUUCAGUGAUUACGUCCAAAGAACUUUUGAGGUUCAUAGAAAAGGUUUCGGGUGCACCGUGUGCUGUUGAAUUUGUGAUGUGUUUGUACAGCCUAAUUAUGUUUCCCGAGGAGUUCUGGGGGAGAUGUUACCUGCGGUUUAUUCGCUUUCUGAGACAGGCUAACUGCAUAAGUGUACAGAGCUAUGGUGUGUGCAACAUCAGUUGAAGCUACUUUAAAAACUAACAAAUGGAAAAUACAUUUGGUAAAGUCUAAAGAACUCAAUUUUCUCCCCUUUCAUCAAGUGGGUUUUGUUUUGUUUUGAGACACAGUCUCCCUAGAUAGCUCUGGCUGGCCUGGAACUGGUUAUGUAGACCAGCCUUGCCUCAGACUUAAACAUCAGCCUACUUCUGCCGCCACAUUUUUUUCUUCUGCUGCUCUUAAUUCCCACUUGAGAACCUAGAAACUUGCCAGAAGUGGUAGUGCAUGCCCGUAGUCUCAUCACUUAAGAGACUGAGGUAGGGGGAUCCUAAGUUUGAGGUCUGCCUGGGUUACAUAGGGAGACCCUGUCCCAAAAAACAAAACAAAAUCAUUUUUCACCGACAUAGUGGGU